AUGCCUAUCACGCCAGCUGAGCUCCUUCUCAAAAUCGUUCUUACAGGCACUCACACCCACUACGAAGCUCCAGGCUUGAUCGACGACAAGAGACUCGAACACCUCCUCCUCUCAGGGAAGCAGAUUCUAUACAAGAGCCAUCAAGAGGCUGAGGUCCGACAGAACUUGGGUUUUAGUGGGCAAAUAUGGACAGGUCUAGCUAAAGUCCUAAGCUUCGCUGUCCCAGUCCUCGAAGCGCACAGUUUUGCACCAUUCAUCGAUCCAAAAGAUCCCUACGAUGCGGCGCAUGCAAUUAUUAGUUCCUCAGAUGUUAUCGCCCACAAUUACUUAAGCUUGAUCAAGGACAUCGAACGUUUGAACGAUCUUACUACAAUUGCUCGAAAUCUCCUUGCGACAACCCGCCGAGCUCAAAACCUUGCAGCCGAAAAAGGGUUCGAUCAGCAGAUCCUAAAGCUCAUCGAUGUCUGUGUUCGAGUCGCUGCUCGGGGUUAUGAUGGACAGGCCGCCAAAUCGAUAGCUGCGGCUGGAGCCAAUAACGGAACACCUGGGUCAAGUGCACCUAUUGAUAAUGUGGGCGGCGACAGGUCAAGAGCCAAGUGGCAGAAGGUGGUUAAUUUGUAUAAGAGAUUGUUGAUCACAUGUCUGCAAUUCCUGCAUAACUUUAUCAUGCACAAUGAGCAGAGAAAACUUGUGCUCUGGCUGGAUUUAUUUGGCAGUAGCAGUCUCAAAGCGACUGAGAGGGAAGCACAACAGAGAGAGGUUGGCGAAGUGGAAGAGCAGAUCAGCAGAGAGGCACAAAUGAGGAUAAAUACUCAGGCCCAGCUGAUUGAGAAUGGUAUGCAUACUGACGUUGAAGAGCCGGAAGUAGAGGCGGUCGACAUUCCCGAGUCUAGCCCUGAACCACAACCAGCGAUACCUAUGCCGCAGGAUCAAUAUUCACAGCAAGAUCUUACAGAAACCGGUCUUGGCUAUAACAUCGACGAUGUUCAUGCUCUCUUCGACCUUAUGAGCGCCGAACGAGUACUGGAUGAUACCGAGAAAGAGAAGAAGAGAAUGCUGAUGGAUAAGAUCAGGACCGAUCUCGAACGCAUGUCAGGUCUCACAGCGACUCAGUUGGACAACAACCCAGAUAUACUACUUCGGGCAGGUGCGGCACUUCGAGAACAUCUAGCGCUUCGUGACUUCAGUGCUAGGAACGCUGCACGUAUGCCUGCAAUUCCAACACGACGAUCUGCUGCAGGAAAAACGACAAGGAUGGGUACUCUGCCAACUCUCGCAAACUAUGUCAAUCCAGCAAAUGUGGCUGAACAGGAAAUCACUGAAGACGAUCUAGUCAUGCCACGCAGUGCGGAGAGUGCAGCUGAAACUCUACAAGAGGCUAAGGAUGAGCUUAUGAGUCGACUGACUGACGAUCGUAGUAUCGUGGCUGAUGGAGGUUGGGACGUUGAGGUCGAUGAGGAUGGGAACAUCCUAGAAGCAGAACUAGAACCUGAACUUGAGGGCGAGGAAGGUGGUAUGCUGGAAGAAGAUGUCGUUGAUGAAGGAGAAGAAGAAUACGAUGAUGAGGACGAUGAUCAGGACGAAUUCGACUCUCGACGUAUUGGCGACCAGGAACGUGGUUUACUUACCGAUGUCCCACUUGUGCUUGGCCCAACUGAAAUUGAAGCGCUGCCAAUGAUCAUUCAGGCCGGAAUAGUUGAGAACUUCGGCAUGAAGAACCAGUAUCGCGACACUAUUGAACGACAAGGUGCACGAAACAUGCAGGCCGUGCGUUGUCACAUUCUUCUGGCUCAAGAAGCCGGCCGUAAUGUCCUGAGGGAGCUACUUAUCUUUAUUGCAGCAUGGGACUUACCAGACGAUGAAUUCUACUUUAGGAUGAUGGUACAGAUUAUGGAAGCUAUCCUCAAGAAUGGACUGAUGUCCCAUGCAUACUCUGAUUUUGGCCAGGCUAAGGAUAUCAUCUCUCCAGCUCAGGCAGUUGUUAUCAAGAUCCUUACGCACAUCUUUCGGACAAAGUAUAGUCCUACGCAUGACGAGCGCGACGAGCACGACAUGCCUGUUCGACAGAAUCGACGAGGACAGAAACUUCGAAUUCCAGCACCUAUCAGUCGUGUUGAUCUGCUUACUGUCAGAUACAUCUUCACUGUUUUCCGUGGGAAUAUCAUUCCAGAGACGUGUGCUCUUAUCUAUCUGCAAGGUCAAAUACUCAAAGUGCAAGCUCAAGCUCGUGCCCAAAACCAACCGUCCGCUUUCGAUCCCUAUGGUAAUGGUGGCGAAGACUUUCCUCUGAAUCUAUGGGAUAUGGAAAGAGUUUACGAAGGCGUCUAUCAGUUCCUUGAAUUUUUCGCUGUCCUGACCGAGAACAAUGACUGGAAAAGAGUGCUUGUCCGCUGGGAAAUUGUAUAUGAUUUGGUCACUCUCCUUGGUGAACUUGAGGUUGGUAUUCCUAAAGCGCCGCUCGACCUCCGCAGCAAUCAAGAUCUUCCAGUCCACGGCCGUGCACCUCCCCGCUCGACUGAACGCCCUGGGUUCCGCGACCAAGACAAGCAAAGGAGUUCUGCUGAUCAAGAUCCAAGUACGUUCGAAUGGCGCAACCUCAAAAAAUUGAUUGUGUUGGUGCUAUCAAGCCUUGUCUGGCGUUCGCGCACAGUACAGGAUCAGAUCAGAGAGUAUGGUGGCGUCCCUACUAUUCUGUCCUGUACUGUCUACGAUGGCCACAAUCCAUAUAUCAAGGAACACGCCGUCAUGUGUUUGAAGUUCUUACUAGAGGGCAAUGCUGAGAACCAAGCUAUCGUGCGUGAGCUUGAAGCACAAGGCGUGGCAAAUAACAAUCAGCUACAAGCUCAAUUUGGUGUCACCGCCGACGUGCACGGCGGGAAGGUUCGAGUCGAACAACGGCAGAGAGGCCAGCGAAGUGAAGCAGCAGAAGAUCUUGAACGCGCAUACCAUGCUGCGCUGAUCAGGGAUGAAGCAAGGGCGCGAAUGGGUAGCCCCGUUCAACAGCACGGAAGGAGGGCAAGUGACUCGAUUGCUACUGCUGCCGCCAGCAUUUCCUCCAUCGCAACAGCACCAAUGUCCACAGCUGAGAAGCUGGACGCAAUGCGGGAGAGAUUUAAUAGGCUCGAUAUAGCCAGUUUUACACAGGGACUACCAAUCCGGACACAAGAUGCACAAAGACAAAGGUUCGGUAUGCGCGAUGUCAGCAUACCGACUGCCGAGCCUAUUCGUACAGCUCACGUACACCAGCAGUACCAGACGCAGCAUCCACAGCCUGUGAGUGUUGAUGCGAAUGACAUGUUUGUUGAGGAAGGUGAAGCCAGUGGCGACGGUUUGUACAUCAGAGAACUGGAUGACAAUGAGGGGCAGAUCCUUGCGGAGCAGGAAGACGAUGGAGUGCAACGUUAUGUGGAAGAGGAAGAUGAUGACAAGACAGAAGAGUUAAGUGAUACCGAAAUUGAGAUGAGAAUGGAAGAGGUAAGAAAGAGUAACAAGGAGAUUAGAGAGAGGAUUGCGGCUGCAGGUGGGCUGGAUCAUGUUUGGGAUGUGGGCGCAUUGAUAUAG